ACGGACAAGGGGGACCAGUAAUUAUGCUUCGUCUACCAAGCUUAAAAGUGUUCACAGAGACGGCAGCUAGACAUAAAUUCAACAACAGUUCAAGAUAUCAGUCGAAAAAACCGGAGACCUACUACGAUGUGCUAAAUGUUCACCACGAUUGCAACAAGCGAGACAUACGUAAUGCCUAUCUCAAACUAUCUAAACAGUUUCAUCCCGACGUUAAGAGUAACGCGGCAAGUGUGGAGAAGACAGCACGUUUUGUGAAAAUCACAGAGGCUUAUCAAACAUUGGUGAAGGCCUCAUCUCGAAAAGAUUAUGACGAAAGUUUAAUUUGGAAUUCAGGCGCAAUGCGUGAAACAAUUCAGCCCUGGGAUGUUAAGCCCAAUUAUAGCGCAAAUCCUGGUCCAUAUUACGGUAUCAAGGGCUUAGAACGUGUCUCCAAUUGGCAGGUAGCCUUAUUUCUUAUCUCUCUUGGCGUAAUAGGUGCAAUCUUUGGCUUCAGCUCAGUGCGACAUUCAUUCGAGCUGAACCGUCAAUUCCAGGACGAAGUCUCAGCUGAGGCCAAUUCUCAUCAUGCCGCCGUAGUUGCCGAUGCACAAAAGUACGGCAAUGAGGAGCAAAUGCGACGUAUGAUCGAGCGUCUGGCCAGAGAUCCGAUUGCCGCAGCUGCAGCCAAAUAAAAUCAUUUUUAACAUAUGUAAAUAGACUAAAUUUGUUGUAAAUAGAUUAGCAAACAGCAUGUGAUAAUACCGGUCUAAACACGUUUUUGUUGUGAAAUUAAGGAAGCGGCGGAAGAAGGAUUAC